GACGUCCCGUCGGUACCGCAAGAUGGCGGCGCCCAUGUUGGUGCCCGAGCCCCCCCUGGGGAAGCCGAGCCAUCAAAAGUACAGAGCUAUUCUGAAGAAGGAGAAGAGGAAAAAAAAGCGGCAGGCUCUUGCCAAACUAAGGGACUCAGAAGCUGCAGAAAAAGAUGAAUCUGUGUCUGAGGAGGAAGAGGAGGAAGUGGAAGAAGAGGAGGAAGAAGAGGAAGAAAAAAAACUUGAGGCAGAAAGACAAAAACUACAUGAGCAGUGGUUGCUGAGAGAAGAAAAGGCCCAAGAAGAGUUCAAGCUAAAGAAAGAAAAAGAAGAGGCUGCAAGAAAGCGUCAAGAGGAAGAAGAGAGGAAAAUCAAAGAAGAAUGGGAAGAGCAGCAGAGAAAAGAGAGAGAAGUGGCACAGCUGAAGCAACAGGAGAAGAGAGAGAGAGAGGCAGCUGUGCAGAGGAUGCUGGAUCAAGCUGAAAGCCAGCUGGAGAAUGGUGUGAGCUGGCAUAACCCAGAGCCCCCAGAGAAUCUGGGAACAGAGAAGGAUAGAGCAAAUUGCCCAUUUUACAUUAAAACAGGUUCCUGCCGAUUUGGAGACAGGUGCUCUCGCAAGCAUAACUACCCCACAUCGAGCAAGACGCUGCUCGUGCGAGGGAUGUUCAUCACUUUUGGCAUGGAGCAGUGCCGCAGAGACGACUACGACACAGAUGCCAGUCUGGAGUACAGUGAUGAGGAGACCUACCAGCAGUUCCUGGAGUUCUACGAGGAUGUGCUCCCCGAGUUUCAGAAUGUGGGGAAGGUGGUUCAAUUCAAGGUCAGUUGCAACUAUGAGCCUCACCUGCGAGGAAAUGUGUACGUCCAGUACCAGUCGGAGAAGGACUGUCAGGCAGCUCUGGCUCUGUUCAGUGGACGAUGGUAUGCAGGCAGACAGCUUCACUGUGAAUUCUGUCCUGUGACGAGGUGGAAGACUGCCAUAUGUGGCUUGUUUGAAAGGCAGAAGUGUCCAAGAGGGAAACACUGCAACUUUCUUCAUGUAUUCAAAAAUCCAAACAACGAGUUUUGGGAGGCCAACAGAGACAUACGUAUUUCUCCUGAACGGACUCAUCAGUUGUCUAAAAACUCUGAGAGGAGAAACCGAUCGAGCCAUCGUGACGACUAUUACAGCCGGUCCAGGAGAAGGGGCAGCCCGAGCCCAGAGCAUUCCUACCGCAGAAAUGGGGAAUCAGAGAGGAAAAAGAGUCGCCGCAAAAACAAGAGGCGGCGCCGGUCGGGGAGGUCGAGGAGUCGAGAGAGGAGGAGGUCCCACAGCAGGGGCAGGAAGAGGAGAGGCCGCAGCCGCAGUCGCAGCAGGAGUCACAGUCGGACACGCAGCAGGAGCAGAAGCAGGAGCUCCUCUCGAUCCAGGAGCAGGGGUAAAAAGAGAUCAAGCAGCAGAGGAAAAAAUAGUGAAACUCCCAAAACAAAGUGAGAAUUACUUUCAGAAAUCACUAAUUGGUAAAAAUAGAGCUGACAAAGAAAUCUUCCCAAUAGGGCACCAUAUAUAUAUGAAUUUUAAAUAAAGUGUUCUUGCACAUUAAAA